AUGGGUGAUGGUCAGGACUUUUACCUCCGGUACUACAUCGGACAUGAGGGGAAAUUCGGGCAUGAAUUUUUGGAAUUUGAAAUAAAUAACGAGGGAAGACUCAGGUAUUCCAACAAUUCAAACUACAAAAAUGACACUAUCAUCCGCAAACAAGCCUACUUGUCUGGAUUGAUUGUUGAUGUUAUAAAGGGUAUGAUUUUGGACUCGGACUUACUGAACGAAGACGAUAGUAAGUGGCCUAGGCCAGAUAAAAUUGGGAAACAGGAAUUGGAGAUUCAUAUGAAUGGAGGAAAUUCUACUUUUAUAACUUCAAAAAUAGGCUCUCUGCAAGAAAUCCAAAAUUGCACAGAUCCUAAUGGACUCAGAAUUUUCUAUUACCUAGUACAGGAUUUGAAGUGUUUGAUAUUCUCACUCAUUUCACUUAAUUUCAGAAUCAAACCCGUGUGA